ACGCGAAUCAGGAAGCCAAACAAUGAUGGCUUUUUUCUUUCGCAAGUGAAUGAAACGCGAAAUCGGGAAAUUCAAAAGAAAAAUUCGGAAAUUCAAAAGAAAACAAAAUUCCUGAAAUUCCAAUGGGUACUUGUACGCUUGUAAGGCAAAGGAUGACGUCGGACACUCGAAGGACUGGCUGAUCUUUCUGAGCGCCAAAAUCUUUUCCAUUCUUGUCGCGCUUCGACGUCCGUCAACGUUCGCAAUGAGCUCCAGGCUGUGCAGGACCUGCGGGGGGUCGGACAUCGAUGUGGACCAGGCUCGGGGAAGCGCCGUGUGCACCGGCUGCGGUUCCGUUCUGGAGGACAACAUCAUCGUCUCCGAGGUCCAGUUUGUGGAAGGAAGCGGAGGAGUGUCCUCUGCUGUGGGACAGUUUGUCUCCACUGACGGUCCAGCCAAGACUCCUCUGCUUGGUUCUGGUUUCCACACGAGUGUCGGGAAAGAGUCCCGCGCGCAGACGCUGCAAAGUGGGAGACGGCAGAUCUAUCACCUCGGCAACCAGCUGCAGCUCAACCAGCACUGCCUGGACACGGCCUUCAACUUCUUCAAGAUGGUGGUCAGCAGACAUCUGACGCGCGGACGCAAAACGGAACACAUCAUCGCCGCCUGCCUCUACCUGGUGUGUCGCACGGAGGGGACGCCGCAUAUGUUGCUGGAUCUCAGCGACCUGCUGCAGGUCAACGUUUACAUCCUGGGGAAAACCUUCUUGCUGCUGGCUCGCGAACUCUGCAUCAACGCGCCCGCCAUUGAUCCGUGUCUGCUGAUCCCUCGCUUCGCUCACAUGCUGGAAUUUGGGAUGAAGACUCACGACGUCUCCAUGACGGCCCUUCGUCUGGUUCAGAGGAUGAAGAGGGACUGGAUGCACACGGGCCGCCGUCCCUCUGGGCUGUGCGGCGCCGCCCUGCUGGUGGCGGCCCGCAUGCACAAGUUCCGGCGUACGGUGAAGGACGUGAUCGGGGUGGUCAAAGUGUGCCAGGCCACGCUGAGGAAGAGGCUUGUGGAGUUCGAGGACACGCCCACCAGUCAGCUGACCAUCGACGAGUUCAUGAAGGUGGACCUGGAGCAGGAAUGCGACCCGCCGUCUUUUACCGCCGCUCAGCACAAGACCAAGAUGCAGCAGCUGGAGCGAGAGCUGACCAAGAAGCUGAACGAGGUGCAAGGAGAGCUCAGUUGCUACCAAGACCAGAUUGAGAGCGAGCUGGAGAAGAGCCGACCCAAACUGCGGGGAAUCUACGCCGCCUACGUGCACGAAACGGACCCUCGGGGCAAGGGUAUCCCGGCGGACUCCACGUCCGACUCCGAAGAUUGCGACCUCCAAAGCGCCAGCCGUCACCUCACGCAGAACUUCCUGUGCCGAGUGAUGCGAGAGGAGGGAGGGUGGGGCCCCGAGGAGCGCGAGCGGGACCACAGAGAGACGGGCCCGGAGGCAUCGCGCCGCCCGCCCUCUGUCGCCGACCUCCUGGACAGUUCCGCCUCUCUGGACCUCCGGCAAAGCUUCCGGAUGUUCGGCGAGGACCGCGACAAGUCCGAGGCCGAGGAGAACUCGGAGGGCGGCGACCUGGAUCUGGACGGCAUCGACGAGCUGGAGAUCGACAAGUACAUCCUGAGUGACAAGGAGGUCCAAGUCAAGACGCGGCUGUGGACGCAGCAGAACCGAGAAUACCUGCAAGAGCAGAAAGAGAAAGAAGAACAAAUUCGGCGAGAGAAGGAAGACGGGACGUACCGGGAGAAGCCCGAGACGUCCGAGAAGACCAAGAAGAAGAAGAAGAAGAAGGAGGACGCCGUCCCUUUGGCCACGGCGGGCGAGGCCAUCAAGAAGAUGUUGGAGAAGAAGAAGAUCUCGGCCAAGAUCAACUACGACGUCCUCAAAGACCUCAACGGCGGCCAGACGGCGAGCGAGGCCGCCGGCCCUCCCGAAAAGGCCGCCCCCGUCACACCUGCCAGAAAAAGACGCCGCUGCAAGCAGGCGCGCGGCCACGUCAGGGCGGGCAUGGCCACGAGCGCCACCGUCAUGGGAAAAAGGCUGGGCCCGCUCUUCUCGGGACCGCCAAAGAAGAAGAAAAGCCCGUCCCAGGUGGUUUCCAUGACGACGGACACCACGGGAGCAGGACCCGACGCGGCCGAGGGGGACAAACAAGAGCAGGGCGAAGAAGAUGAAGAGGAGCGGGACGAGGACGACGAGUGUGUCGGCGCUCUGCAGCUUGUUCAACAUUUUGGCUGUUUGGCGGAAGAAGAGGAGGAGAUCUUCUAGCUCGGCUCUUCAGCAAACUUUUUGUCGAGAUAAGCAUGAAAAUGUGGAAAGCGAGGUGGCAGAUUAAAGACCCGCCAUGGAGCAAAACGU